UGUCUGCUUCGAAUCUAAUACUGGUGAAGUUCAUGUUCUUGUCGUUUUAUUAGUCAUUCGCAAUAAUACUCCUGUCAUUUGGCUCGGGAAAGUAGUGAGACACAACGAAUUUUUGCAAAUACUUGGUAGUCCAUUGUAUCCACUAAUUUAUCGUAAAUAGGGGAUUCUCGGGGACGAUAGGAACAAUGAAUUUCUUCAGUAAAGUAUUCGGCGGUAAGGAGAAGGUCUCGGCACCAACGACUGCCGAGGCGAUCCAAAAAUUACGCGAGACCGAAGAUAUGCUCGGUAAAAAACAGGCCUUUCUUGAAGGUAAAAUCGAACAGGAAAUCGUUAUUGCGAGAAAAAAUGGCACUAAAAAUAAACGAGCUGCUAUACAGGCUCUCAAAAGAAAAAAGCGAUAUGAAAAGCAGUUGGCGCAAAUCGAUGGGACAUUGUCGACAAUUGAGUUGCAAAGAGAAGCUUUGGAAAGCGCAAACACAAACACCGCUGUUCUUUCAAACAUGAAAACCGCGGCUGAUGCGCUCAAAGUAGCUCAUCAAUACAUGGAUGUGGAUCAGGUACACGACAUGAUGGACGACAUAGCGGAACAACAAGUUGUGGCGAAAGAAAUAUCGGAUGCGAUAUCAAAUCCUGACGCAUUUGGCCAGGAUGUGGAUGAGGAUGAACUGGAGAGAGAGCUCGAGAUGCUCGAACAGGAGCAACUGGAUAAGGAAUUGUUGGGUAUUGAAAGUACAGGUGAAGAGUUACCAGCGGUUCCUCCCACAUCUGUGCCCGAAGCUCCCGUCGCGAAAGCCCGAUCAAAACCAAAACCCGUGGACGAAGAUCCCGACCUGAAAGAAUUGGAAGCGUGGGCUUCGUAAUUCGUUAAAUAAUUGUUCGUUAAAACAAAACAAAAAGCUAAUAUUAUCCGUACAUCAAAUUUGCAUAAUUGGUUACUCACGACACCGAGGUGAAAAUAAUUCGGUCGCAACGUUUUAGCGCCUCUUCAAAGGGCUUCAUAGAUAUUUCCAUGAACUUUGAAGAUCGUGCAGAAAUAUUAGGCUUAUUGUAAAAAAACAUACCCUCGGUAAUAACCGUACAAUCAACGUAACUAAAAAAAUAAAUUUGUUAUCAUUGAAUUCUUUAUUAACGACGUGAAAAGUACGCUGUAUGAUGACACAAAAAAAUGGUUCUGGGCACUUUUUUUUUGUCAGAUUUCAACAAAAAGCAUAAUUAAGCAGGACAAAUCCAAUGCGAAUGCCUGACGUGUAGUUUCUUACAUUGUAUACUAUCCUUUACGCUUUUCAAAAUGUCUAUUUUAUAAUAAUAUAACAUUAGCAUUGAAUUCUUAUUAAAAUAGUUCUACUUUCUAAUGGAUUUCGACAAUAUCCCGGACCUGCGAGGAAUUUAUGAAAUCUUGUUUACCAAAAACGGUUCAGACGGUUUCGUUCGGGUGAUAAAAUCAUACCGUUGAAUGAAAUGAAGCUCGAGUUUGUGCUUUCUUUGAAUUUAUUCCUUCUCCUGUCAUACAAUAACUGUAUUCUUCAAAGGGAUUCCCAGUUUUCCCAGAUUACCAAUAGAUAGAAAAAUAAUCAUAAGAAGCAGCGUUGAUUAAUAUUUUUUCUAUCGUAAGAUUCUAACUCGUGGUGCUAUUUCAAUUGUACACUAUCAGGAGCCUGAUGUAUGCCAUUCUAUUUUUUUUGCCCUUACCUGUAUCUGUCUUACUCUCAUUGAAAUUAUUGAAAAUGUUGACGUCUCCUUAUUCUAUGAGGAUUUUGAGACUUUGUUGCAUUCCUGAAAAAUAAAUAUAUCGCAAGUAACGUGUA